AGGAUGAUGACUGUUUUACUGCUGCUGGGGCGAGCGAUUUAAUAGAGGAUGAUGACUGUCUUGCUGCUGUUGGAACGAGCGGUUUUGUAAAAGAUGAUAACUGUGCUGCUGUUGGGACGAGCGAUUUUAUAGAGGACGAUAACUGUUUUGCUGCUGUUCGGACGAGCGAUUUUAUAAAGGAUGAUAACUAUAUUGCUGCUGCUGGGGCGAGCGAUUUUACGGAGGAUGAUAAAUGGUUUGCUGCUGCUGGGGCGAGCGAUUUAAUAGAGGAUGAUAAAUGGCUUGCUGCUGCUGGGGCGAGCGAUUUAAUAGAGGAUGAUAACGUACUUACUGCGAGCAAUUUUAUGGGGGAUGAUAAAUGUCUUGCUGCUGUUGGGACGAGCGAUUUUAUAGAGGGUGAUAAAAGUCUUGCUGCUACUGGGGCGAGCGAUUUUACGGAGAAUGAUAAAUGCUUUGCGGCUGCUGGAGCUAGCGAUCUUAUGGAGGAUGAUAAAUGUCUUACUGCUGCUGGGGCGAGCGAUUUUAUGGAGGAGUAUGAUGAUAGCGAGCAAGUUGAAAAGAAACAAAGAUCAAGGAAAAGUAAGGCUGUAAGAAACAAACCACCGCCAAGAUUGUCAGCACAUGGAAUACCGGUGCCUAGUCUCCCUAAAACAUUAAUCAGAAGUCUGUUUACGCGAUUUUCCCAUCACAAAGUGUCUAGAGAGGCUUGGAAUUCAGUCUACGAAGCUUCAGAUAAAUUCUUCGAACAAGCAGCUGACAGUCUGGUGCGCAUCUCAGAUGGACGACGAACGAUCACUGAGGAAGAUGUAGUAACACUUAUGAAAAGACAAAACGUCAUUACAGCAACUCGGACAUUGGAAUCACUAGCACAUAAAUACUUACCACGUGAACUGUCAGAUGAAAUAUGCAGAGCGGCACGUGCGGGAAAUGUUGUGUAUCCGCCAUAA